UAGAGGAGGCACUGCCCUAAAUUAAGUUAGCACUCAUAGGGAAAGUAGGUUAUAAUGGUAAUAAAUUUCUAAAAAGGAACUUAAAAUAAUUACUACCCGUCGAAAUAGUUGUGUCACUAUUUUGUCUGUUAUUUGGCGCUGUCCUCAUGCUGUCUGCUGUAGCAUGGCUGUCGGCGUUUUAGCGUUACCGCCGCUCUAGUCCUUGUAAUUGGCAGUCUUCAGUGCUGUGACAAUAGUUAAAAGUGUAUCGCUUGCUCGCGCCUCGAACUUUGCGCAAUCAUGAACGGCACGUCUGUUUUGACGCGAUCCACGGCGAUCAGGCAGCUGCGGUCGCUAUUGUGUCCAUGCGGCACAGGGGUGAUGGACACUCAUCGUGGGAACCGCACGAAAGCUCGCGAUGCACCGACCUCUGAUGAUCAGAUGCCGGUGUUUCAGUACACGGGCGAAAAAACCAAGCGUCGGAAACGGGUGUACGCCUGGGGCAGCUGUCUGACAGGCGCUCUGGGUCAUGACAAGCUUGUGCGACCCAAGCUGGGACAUGCGCCCAGGUCCAGCCAUAACAAGCCGUACAAGCUGCCUUUCUCCGAGUUCUACACGGUUGACGAUGUGGCCUGUGGCUACGGAUUCACUUUGCUCUCGGCGCAAGAAGACAAACUUAAGAGCCCGAGCAAAGUUUUUGGCACUGGCAUCAACACUGACUUCCAGCUGGGCUAUCAGUGUGUUCGCAGAGGGCACCCCCUGAAGGUGUUGACUGAGCCAGUGGGCAUUCCACUUCCGUUAAGAAGCGAGUCAACACGCGUCUUGCGUGUUGCUUGUGGCCGUUCACACAGCAUAGUGCUUACUGACAAGGAAGGUGCAUUUUCAUUUGGGAACAACUCAUUCGGACAGUGUGGUCGACCAGUUGUGCCAGACGAGAGCCCUGAAAGCUAUGCCACCCCUCGCCAGGUUCAAGGCAUUCCUGGGAAAAUUAUUGAUGUGGUUUGUGGGCAGGACCACACUCUCUUCCUCACGGCUGAAGGCGCAGUGUACAGCUGUGGAUGGAGCGCUGACGGGCAGACUGGGCUGGGCAUUCAGGGCAGCCAAGGCACGCCGCAGCGUGUCAACGGGGACCUCAGUGGAGUUCGUAUUGUCCGGAUAGCUGGCACUGUAGACUGCAUCCUAGCCGUGUCUGACUCUGGUGACCUAUUUGGCUGGGGUAAUUCUGAGUACGGUCAGUUUGGACGGCAGACAGACGACAAGCAGAUGUGCUUUGCAAGGAACCUAAACUUCCCCUUCGGAAAAGUGAAGGCUGUUGCCAGUGGGGGAACAAUGUGUGGAGUAGUCACAGAGGGUGGUGAUGUCUAUGUGUGGGGAUAUGGCCUCCUUGGUCUGGGGCCCGAAGUGUCUUUCAAGGCCAUUCCGACUCUGCUACCAAGGCCACUGUUUGGAGCAAAUCAGUUUACCCCUGACACCCAUGUUGUCGACCUGUUCUGUGGUCUGAACCAUUUUGCAGCCUUGAACAACAGAGGAGAGCUGUACACCUGGGGAAAAAAUAGAAAUGGCUGCCUUGGCCUGGGCCACUCAUCAGAUCAACAUUUUCCAUUCAGGGUGCAACUGGCUGCUGACGAAUCGCUUUUUUGGAGCACCGUCACCAGCCGCUGACGGUAAUGUUAGAGCCGAGCAAAGGUUGAAGCCCUUUCUCGUUAGCCUCACAGCAGAUAUUCUGAAGGUCAGCUGUGGUGUGGACCAUACGGUCGUGCUGAGCCAAUCCUUGUGCUGACAAGAGCAUUGUGGCUUCUAGAUGUGUCAAAUAGUCAUUUGACAUCAGUGAUAGGCAGCACAGACAUGUGUGAUUGAUGGAAAUGUGCACUGAUGCCCUGUUUUUAUUUUGAUGCACUCCGAGAAUAAAUUUGUGCUGGUAGUCACGUAUGCGA